AUGUCUACUUUUGCUAAACUAGAGAAUGCUUUGAAACGGGCUGAAGAAUUAAUAAAUGUUGGUAAAAAAAAAGAUGCACUUCAAGCUCUUCAUGAUCUAAUUACAUCAAAGAGGUACAGAGCAUGGCAGAAAACACACGAAAAGAUCAUGUUCAAGUACAUCGAGUUGUGCAUUGACAUGAGGAUGGGUAGAUUUGCCAAAGAUGGUCUCAUCCAGUAUCAAAUAAUAUGCCAACAAGUUAAUGUAAAUUCAUUAGAGGAAGUCAUAAAGCACUUCAUGGAUCUUUCAACCAAGAGGGUUGAGUUGGCACGUACACAGGAUGAAGCUUUAGAGGAAGCUCUGGAUGCUGAUGAUCUUGAAGUUGACAAAAGACCAGAAGAUCUGAUGUCAAGCUAUGUCAGUGGUGAAAAGGGAAAAGAUCACUCUGAUAGAGAGCUUGUGACUCCAUGGUUCAAGUUCUUAUGGGAAACUUAUAGAACAGUUCUUGAAAUCCUGCGAAACAACUCCAACUUAAUGGCACUUUAUGCAAAUACAGCAGAUCGUGCGUUUCAAUUCUGCAAACAAUACAAAAGAACAAUUGAGUUUAGUAGGGUUUGUGAGAUCAUCGGGAAUCAUCUUGAUAACUUAAACAAAUACAGAGAUCAAAGGGAUAGACCUGACCUAAAUGCCCCUGAAAGUCUACAUUUUUAUCUUGAUACAAGAUUUAAGCAACUCAAAGUUGCAAUUGAGCUAGAACUUUGGCAGGAAGCUUUUCGUUCCGUGGAAGAUAUUUAUGGACUAACAAGCAUGGUGAAGAAAAUGUCUAAAUCGUCCCUGAUGGCUAUUUACUAUGCAAAAUUGACUGAGAUCUUUUGGAUUUCAUCAAGCCAUUUAUACCAUGAGUAUGCAUGGUUUAAGCUUUUUCAACUUCAAAAAAGCUUCAAUAAGAAUCUAAACCAGAAAGAUCUGCAACUGAUUGCAUCAUCAGUUUUGCUAGCUGCACUUUCAGCUUCUCCAUAUGAUCACCUUAAAACUGAUUCUCAUUUGCAACUUGAGCAUGAAAAAGAACGCAAUCUCAGAAUGUAUAAUCUUAUUGGGUUCAAUACUGAUGCAAAGAUUGAGACAAGAGAUGUGCUUUCUAGGUCAUCUCUUCUUGUAGAUCUGGUUUCUAAAGGGAUGAUGACAUAUGUAACCCAAGAAGUGAAGGAUUUAUACAAUCUUCUAGAAAAUGAAUUUCUGCUAUUGGAUUUGGCAUCAAAAGUAGAGCCAUUGUUGACUAAGAUAGCAAAACUUGGGGGGAAAAUAUCAUCAACUUCUUAUGUUCCAGAAGUGCAGCUUUCUCAGUAUAUUCCUGCUUUGGAAAAAGUAGCCACCUUAAGACUACUACAACAGGUGUCCCAAGUAUACCAAACAAUGAAAGUUGAGACUUUAUCAAAAAUGGUUCCUUUCUUUGACUUCUCAGCUGUAGAGAGGAUCUCUGUUGAUGUUAUGAAGCAUAAUUUCAUUGCUAUGAAAGUUGACCACAUGAAGGGUGCAAUCAUUUUUGGUGAUUUGGGUUUUGAAUCUGACAUUCUACAAGACCACUUGAGUGUUUUGGCUAUAAAUCUGAAUAAAUCAAGGUCCCUAAUAUACCCUUCUCAAUCCAAAGCAUCAAAAUUGAGUGCUAUGCUACCAAGCUUGGCAGAUAUUGUAGAUAAAGAGCACAAAAAGCUUCUUGCUCGUAAAUCCAUCAUUGAAAAACGAAAAGAAGAACAAGAACGACACCUUCUUGAAAUGGAACGAGAAAAGGAGACAAAAAGAAUAAAACUAUAGAAGAAAGCCGAAGAAGCAGAACAAAAAAGACUUGCAUCAGAAUUUGAAGAAAGGAAGCACCAAAGAAUCCUUAGGGAGAUUGAGGAACAUGAGCGUGAAGAAGCACAAGCUUUACUAAAUGAUGUUGGGAAACGUAUCAAAAAGAAAGGAAAGAAGCCCAUCAUUGAAGGGGAAAAGAUGACUUGCACCUCAUUGAUGGAGCUAGCAAUGCAGGAGCAAGUUAGAGAGAGGCAGGAAAUGGAAAAGAAGAUGCGAAAACUAAUCAAGACUAUGGAUCACUUUGAAAGGGCAAAAAGGGAAGAAGUUGCACCUCUCAUUCAAGCUGCUUUCCAAAGAUGUUUAGCUGAAGAGAAACUCCACCAUGAACGCGACCAACGGGUUGAGUUGAGCAGAGAGCGUCAUGAGGGAGAUCUAAAGGAGAAGUAUAGACUUGCUCAUGUUAUGGAACAUAAGAUGGAACUUGAAGAAAGAGUUGUGAGGAGCCGAAAGGCAGAGUUUGAUAGAAUGAGAGCUGAAAGAGAGGAAAGAAUUGGUCAAAUCCUCAAGGCACGAAGAGAGGAAAGGGACUUAAAAAGGAAAAUGUUGUUUUAUUUGAAAACUAAAAAAGAAAGGCUCAACAGGUUGCUUGAGGAAGAAGAAACCCGUAAACGUAAAGAGGCUGAAAAACAUAAGAAAGAGGAGGCUGAAAGGAGGGCAAAGUUGGAUGAAAUAGCUAAAAGACAAAGGAAAAGAGAACAAGAAUUGGAAGAAAGAGAAAGUCUCAGAAAGGAAGCCAUCCUACGUGGAACACCACUGCCACUUGAUGGCCCAACCAUACCCUCUAAGCUUUCGGUUGCUAGAGUUUCCACUCCGGCAGCAGCGACGACAACACCAGCUGCAGCUGGGGGAGGAUCUGGUGGUGGGAAAUAUGUCCCCAGGUUCCGUAGCGGUGGGGCGGUAGAGACAGCGGCGACACAGGGUGGGGGAGUGGGAAACAAGAGGAGCAUGAGGCGGCUCCACCAAGUGACAAGUGGCGUCCGUCUUCAUUUGGUGGUGGUGCUACUAGCGGAGGAGGAAAGAGUUGGUCUUCAGCUAGGUUUUCACGGUGAGAGUUUGGUUUUUGAGUAG